AUGUAUCUUUUUUUUCCACCUAGUACUGUCAUUACCAUAAAAAAAUCUGUUCUUGUAAAUUUUAUAAGAAAAGAUAAUAACUAUGGAGAAACAAUAUUUUAUAUACAUAGAAUUUUUGAAUAUGAAAUUGACAACCAACAAAAAAUUGGCAGAUUUUCAAUUUCCCAAAUAAAAACGUUCGACAAAAAUAAUACGCUUAAAUAUGAGAGCUCACAACAACAAAUAACGACAAUAUUAGAUGUUUCAUAG